ACCAGAAUUGUGUUGCUAAGAAAAUAAAUACUGUAUUGCAUUUUCAUAUACCAGUAAACGCGAAUAAUUCAAAUCUGACCAAGUGGUAUUAUUUUAGAAUUAUUAAGUUAGAAUAAAUGCUGUAGGUUGGACGAGGUUCAUGCUGUCUGGUGUCAUAGCGAAUAAAAUAAAUAGGUCAGGAGUUGUAACGAGAACAAUUACCAACACUGUACUACGUAACUACAGCAGCGCCAUCUGUGGACAUCAUGUUAUACUAUGUGGCAGUGACCCAACCUUCCCGUCUUGCUAUGAUCCUCAGGUCGGCAGAUUCAAAACAAACUUGUAAACAAUUACCUGUGAAGUUUCUAGUGUUGAGUGAGAGUAAAUUACCCGACUUACCCCCGUUUCCUCCAGUCUCUGUCCGUGUGUGACGUGUAAACCGCCUGAGUGUGAGGAACAGGAGUGAACUAGUGUGAUAUUCGUGUGUAAACUAGUAACUUGGGGUAAUUAUGGGCGUGUGGACGAUAAGCUCUACUUCCAGGAGGGACGCCGAGAUGUGUCACUGACUGGGGAGAACUGCCAUUGGUGCGUUGCCGGUGAGUGAAUGGAGCCAAUCACCGUCAGGAUAGCGACAAAGAGAGAUGUCAUCCUCCUCGUCGACAGGGGCUGGCCUCGGGGUGUCGGUGUGGGAGGUAGUGGAGGCCAGGGGAGGACCUCUCACAGAACACGAGACCUGGGCCAUACUAGCAGCCGCCGCUACCACCGUCCAGGACAACUCUCUAUCAGGCAAUGGCAACAGAUUGGACGUGGUUACUCCGGAAGGCUUGAUACUAUUGCGGUGUGGGCGUGUAGACCUGCUAGCCACGCCCCCGAACUCGCACGCCCACCCCCACGGUAACUAUCUCCCUCCUGAAGCCUUCACCAAUGACCUCCACCACCAGCACCACCACAGCGAUCUCCACCACCAGCACCAACACCAGCAAGAUGGAGAGAGGCUGUUGGUAUUCUCGCUGGGACGGACACUGUGGGCUGCAGCUGAACACAGUAACAGAAGCAACAGCAGUACCCAGCUGACUGACAUCACCCAUACCAUCUCCUCUAGCCUUAGGUCAACGCUCUCUGCCAUGACCCACAACUUACCGGCACAUAGACUUACCCUUGUCGAUAUCUUCCAGUUAUUGGUCGAGCGGCUGAAUGGUCCAGAUCGUCUGAACUACACGGCAACCAUCAGAUCCUUGUAUGAAGAAGUGUUGGGCCCUCCCUUACCACCCCCUCAACCUCCCGACCCUGUGGUGGUGAGGAGACACAGGUCGUACUCAGCUCUAGAUGCCAGGACCUCCACCAGUAGAAGGCCCACCUCACUCAGCUGGAGCUCCUCUAGACGCUCGACCAGUGUGGAGGACUUGAGUCACCAUCAAUACUCACUGGGGCCGGUGAAAUUUGCCUCAGUCUCGCGAACACCGUCGACAAACGUUUUCCCCACAAUGCGAGGUCGUGACGUCAUCCGUAUGUCGAGCAUGCAGGAUAUAUCUCUGCUAGCGCCAUCAUUCAGGACUUCCAGCAGACUGUCAGAGGAUAUUGUAUUGACAGAAAAUAUACCGAAGAGUCUUAUAAGAUCUAAGAAGAAUUUCCACUCUAUGGACACAAUUAAUUCAUCAAAAGAAAAUGUAAUACCGAGACUUAUCGAAGGGAAUGACAUCUCUUCCCUGGGGGGCACCAUGAACCCCAUCCUGGAGGUGUCGUCGACUGAAGCCUCGCCAGUUAAGACGUCGCCAAAGAGGAACGUAGGACUUAAGGCUUUUCCAUAUAAGGAAUCAAGAACAACAAUCACGGUCAGCAGAAGUGCAACUGUAGCAGGAGUCAUGAAGGGUGAGGGCUUGGACACACGACCUGGGGGAGGAGCAUCGGGUACCCAGAAGAAGAUCCCACCCAAAAAGCCACCAAGAUCCCGGGCCAUGUCAGUGGACAACCUCCUCAAUACUGAAGCAGAGUUACGUCAAAACUUAUGUGAAGUUGUUCAGAAGAAGAGACGCAUCGUGGUGCGUACCCCUUCCCGCCUAUACCGUUUUGCAGAUGGUAGUCCAGAUACUGUAGUAGGCCCCACGAGUGCAGGAACACCACCAAUCCUUGGCCCAGAAUUUGUUGUCAGAAGCAAAGAACCAGCAAAAGUCCUCACGUUGUUACAAGAUGCACAGCGAGGUGUGGUGAAGAAAGUUACAGUGAUCCUGGUCACUGGCAGGAGACUGGAAUUGACUUGUGAUCCUUCUACUACUCGGGUCACUCACAUUCUCCAGGCUGUGUUCCAAGAGGAGGAUUUACCACUAAAACACCUGCUGGGCCUCGCUGUGCUGGGUAGUGGAGAGUUUCAUUUUGUAGCUCCGCAGACCAAACUACAUAAGGUUGCUCCCCCAGGAUGGAGGGAACGUCACCCUACAAAAGAUGGUCUUAUUCAGGAUAAUUUUACUCUGCACCUGAGGAUUAUGUAUUAUCUUAAGUUCAGUAAUUUGAGUGACAUGGCAAGCUCAUCAAGACAGCUGUUAUACCUGCAAUUACGACACGAUGUGUUGGAGGGCCGCCUUUCCCUCCCACCAGAUGUCUUGUUUCAACUGGCGAGCCUCGCUCUUCAGGCGGAAUUUGGAGAUAAAAAUGAACAGAGUGUGGGUUACUUCCUGCCCGAGCAUUACGUCCCUGAGUCACUGCUGCGCGGAGGACAGACUAAGGAGGCGUCUCAAAAACUGCAGCAGAACCACUCGGCCUUGAUGGGUCUGCCGUACACCCAGGCCCAGGCACGCUUCAUCACUACCCUGCAGGACACACAACACUACGGUGCACACUAUUACCACGUCACACAGGACAAGGGACGUCAACAGUGGUGGCUGGGCAUUGGGCCCGAAGGUGUGUUGGUAAUAGGAAGUGGACCCCUCACCUCGGAGGCUGUUGCUUGUGCCAUACUCCAUCCCUGGUCUCAGGUUAAGAGGCUCUCCUAUACCACACAUAGACUCACUGUAGCAGUGCGGGGACCAGACAAGUCAACCAAGAUAAAGUUUAACUUGCAGGAGACUAGGAGUCGUCAUGUGUUCUACCUGGCCACAGUUCACCAGAGCUUCCAGCAUGAUGCUGCUGCCCUGAGCCAACUCACCCUACCAGUGGAAGGCUCAGGGAUACCCUUGGAGGUAUUUCCUUCACAUCAGGACCCCCACUCACAAGCUGCCAGCAGUGCUUCCUCAGCCACUACUACUGCCAGGACCAGCUUAUCCUCUGCAGGCACUGCUGAUGAUCCAACGUCUGGCGGGCACGUAAUAGAGGUACCUGGGGGGACAGAAGGUGAAAAUACGGAGGCCCCAAAGGUGUGUGUAGUUUCUGGGGCAGAGAAGACGAGUGAAUCAACACCCUUCUGGCCAAUUGUGUUGGGAGGACACAAGUCAUCAGAUAGUCUGUCCCGAGAGAACUUUCUGUCAGAUAUUCUUUGGCGUGGCGGUGGGGACGAGACUGAUGAGGUCUUUUCCAUUGAAAAUUUGGAGAAUGAGCAACAGUCUCACAAGAACCAACAACAAGAAGAGGUAUCAGAGGAUGAAGUAAAGGCCUCAGCCCCACGAGUGUUCCAUCAACGGUCCAAGAGCAACAUAGAGAGUAGCAGCAGGGAGGGGGCAGGAGCCACCAGACCAGAGCUCACCCGGGAGUUUGGUAGUGACGAAUCACUCUUGACGUCGCCCAGGAAAGGUAGCGGAGUAAGGAUGGGGACGCGAGUGUCAGCAGCCGCUCUACAGAAGCGUCGCCUACGGGGGGCCGAGGUCCACUACCUGCCCAGCCUCACCGAACUCAACACCACCCCGACAGCUGUUGUUGUUGAGCCGUCACUACGCAGCGUGGUGGUGGAGGAGAGCGUGAGUGAUUCCCUGGUCGAGCGGUUCCUUCAGUGUCCUGGUGGAGGUGGAGGGUGCGAGCGACGCCUCCACUCUAUCACCCUGCUGAAGAAGGAAGGCUCCCUGGGGGUCAUGAUAGCCGAGGGUGCUGACCGGGGGCUCUACAUCCAGGCCGUGUCACCGGGGGGUCCUGCUGCCCUGGAGGGAUCGCUGAAGCCUGGUGACCGGAUCGUGGGCAUAAACGGCCGGAGUGUGGAGAAUUUACCCUACACCGCCGCCGUCGAUCUCCUCCGUCAGAUCUCCUGCCAGGUUACUCUCCUUGUCUCCCAGCCCGUCGCCCCCUCCACGGACACCACUCCCACCCCUACGCCCACCAAACUGUCACAGAACACGCCCACACAAGCUUCAUCUACGCAAACCACGAAACACAGAAUUACGCCCACGGAACACAGAACCCCGCCCACGGAACACCCUCCCACGAAACACAGACUCACGGAACACAGAACCCCACCCACGGAACACCCACCCACGAGAGACAGACUCACGGAACACAGAACCCCACCCACGGAGCACUCAUUCACAAAACACAGACCCGCGCCCACGGAACCCACGCCAAUAGAUGAUUCUUCCCUCACGCCCACGCUUCCUACCUACAUGUACGCCACGCCCUCGCAACCCACUUCCACGUAUGCCACGCCCUCGCAACCCACCUGCACGUACGCCACGCCCCUACAGCCCACCGAGGAUGCCAAUGACUCACCCACGGACGGAAGCCCAUGCACGGAGAGAGGUCAGGCGACGAUACGAGCAGUGGGCGGGAUGGUGACCUUUGCCCGGGAGGUCAGGUCAGGUCCUGUCACGGUCAUCACCCUCAAUGCUGGCACCCCACCACCAGGACUCCCCUUGAUCUCUACCCCUAUUAGAGGUCACACCGACGCCCCUCCUCCUCUUCCUGCUAGUGGUGACCUGACUGCCGUUCCAGCCUUAGGCAUAACCCUUGGACCUUGUUUGCCUAAUUCAGUCACUACUACUGCGACUACUACAGCUACUACUACUACUACUAAUGGUGUUGAUGCUACUACUACUACUACUUCUACUACAGCUUCUACGUCACGCACUAAAAAGGACGCGCAACUAGCAAGUUGUCGACCAGUGCCGGUGCCUCGGCGGAGUGUGGCCUCGACCAGCUCCUCUACAGGGGAUUCAGUGUCUCGGGAGAAGAGCGGCACCGUCCACCGUAGCCGCUCCUUCUACUACGCCGAGCUGAUCCGGAACGAUAGUUUUGACAACUUCUGCUCCUCCUCCAAGAACUCACUCGAGUCUUUGCAUCCUAAAACAACAGCGGCGCCCGAAAACUCUUCCUUUCCUUCCUAUGACUCUUGUACCACCGAUAGUAAUUCCGAUUUUAUUAUGGGAGAUGACAAUAAAGCUUCGAGACAUUCCAAAACAGAGUUUGGUGUCGACCUUUGUGGUGGUGAGGAGGCAGGGUCGCGUUCCAGUAGUGUUGUGCUUGGUGACGGUGAGGCGGACCAGCCUCUUGGUGCUUUUACUAAUAGUUUGAAUGAACUCACUAACUUGGAUUGCUUGGUGUUGGGUGCCGCCGAUGACCACAACUCCAGAUCUUCGAAGUCCUCCUCGAUGGUGCCGUGGCAGGGAUCAACAGAGUCCCCGUUGGAGGAGGAGGAGACGCACCAUCGGUUGCAAACUCUUACCAACCUGGUGCCUGAAGAUACUAUGCUGGACCGUGUCUUGCGCUGCUUUGAGGCCAUGCACGUGUUGCAAUCACGUGACACCUUGUUGUCCAGCUGGCAGAAGUGUCAGGGCGAGGAGGAAAUUGCUGAGAAGCAAGAGGUUGAACAGCUGACUCAACAGUACUGGCAGCGUCACCCAGGCGUCGACAACUGGCAUCCUGACCUCUUCUUCCACGACUUUUCACUGGAGGAAGAACAGUUCCCAGAGUCUGAGGUAGGAAGUGUCAGUUCUGCAGCUGAUCACCAACGUCUGUGUCACAAUUUGUCUCUGUCGUCAGUAAACAGCCCCACUGAGUCCAUGUUACCUGGUUAUUCUCAGUCCACGACCCCCGUGGACCUACAACUGGCGAGUUGUAUUGACCUGCCCACCUCCUCCCCGUCACCAGUGCCCGAGAACGUGGUCAUCACGCCCCCUGAAGAGUUCCGUGAGGAGCAUGAAGCUCGGUGUAUCCCUGAGAAUACAAGAGCUUCCCCAGACCAGCAGGGCAUCAAGGGGGCUUUUCGCCUCAUGACGGAAUGUGAGUACCGGCGGAGUAUGCAGGGCGACACUACACAACAGACGGUGGAUCUGAGUAAGGCGAUAUACACUGGGUUUGGCCACACUAGGGGUGUAGCGGCCCUCACCACUACUUCACCUGAAUGUUCCCUCACUAACCUAGAACAUCCCUCACGUGCUCUCUACCUCAGAGGCCUCCUGGCCACCAAUGCUACCGAACUCUCGCACCAGACAACAAACACUUGCCAGCAAUCAACCAGUUCUCUACACCACAUGACUGCUGCAUCAUUCUCCUCAGCAGCUAACCUCUCUCACCAAUCAACUAACCCAUCAUACCCUUCGUCCAGUCUUUCACACGAGGUCACCAGCCUACCCCACCAAUCAACUGACCAAUCAAAAGAGAGAGAAACUGACGUGGGUUCACCUAAGAAUGAAGAUUCGAGAAUUGUCGCUCCAGACAAAGAGUUGCCAAUGAAACUCAGCAACUCCAAGAUUUCUGAAGUAUCGGUGUGCGGGUCAAUAAUUACUAACGUCAUCAAGACUAAUGCCAAUAAAUGUAUCAUUGAGAUCUUAGACAACAAUGUACAGCUCGGAGGCCAAACAACAGACGCUCUCAGGCGGAAAACAGAAAAUUCCGUCCACACGUCGUCCUCACACACAGGAAAAAGUGAGAGUAACGUGAUAGACACACAAACAGGAACAUCAGCUUCUGGGGUAAAGAAAACCAUGACCUCCAACAAUAGUUCAACAGAAGAGGAAGUUCUCACCUCCACCGAGAGUGAUCACAACAGCUGCAGCACCGGCUCACCGCCCCCUGUUAACUUCACCACACAUCCUCUAUCACCUGAAAACAUCAUUACCACAGAGAGUAGUGGAGCUGUGGCUGAUGUUGAAAUAUGUGAAAAGAAACCAAGUCUUAUAACCGGUAAAGAUGAAGUACGUGAAGCCAUAGUGAAUGUUAAAGAAUGUGAGAGGAAACCCAAGGUACAUUUCGCCCCUAGCCUCUACAGCAGUUCCCCCUAUAGUUGUAAGCCUUCCUCUCUCCCUACCCAAAGUGAGAACCGUUUUCCUUUACACAAAAUGUACCCAGACUCUGAUAGUGACAGCGACGACGACACAUCAUUUAUCCAGGCUGAUGAAAAGACUCCCGGAUUAUCACUCGAGUCUAAUAAAAGCGAAGAAGUCGAACUAUUCCUAAAUAAUCCAGAACCGAUGGUCAUAAGUCGAGUGAGUAGUGAAUAUUUUAGUAAAACAGCUGACUUAAGUAUGGAGGCAUCAGGUACCGGGAGUUGUAUUAGUCAGGGUGAAAGAGAUCUUACAUUGUGUGGGCUGGUUGUUGAAGCCUCAUCUCCAGGGGCUUCAUCUCUUAGCUCUCCUGUGACGGAUGGUUGGGGCGUGGGUGCUGGGCCUUCGGUGUGUGAGGAACUCUUGAGCCUCGAGAGUGAGCAGUUUGUGGAGCUGUUGGCGACGCUUGUGAAUGAUGAUUAUCCUAAGACGACGACCACCACCACCUCUACACACUCCCACGACCUGGUCACUACCACCACGACCAACCAGUCUACCGGCGCUAGCAUGAAGAACGACCCAACGACCAUCCACACCAAAGACGACUUGAGAAAUUUAAUUCUCAAGGAUAACCCCGUCCACAGGCCAUCCAAGGACAGUUCUUCAGUUGCUGGUGGUGAUGAAGAGGUGUCUGUCGCCGCGGAUUGUAAGGACGCGUUUGUGUCUAUUCACUUCGAGGAGGAGUCUGGCACCACCUAUUCCGAGGAUGAGUGUGUCACCAGCCACUCCAAAGGUGACUCUACCACUACUCACUCCAAGGAUGACUACUCCACCCACUCCAAGGAUGACUCUACCACUACCCACUCCAAGGAUGACUCUACCACUACCCACUCCAAGGAUGACUACUCCACCCACUCCAAGGAUGACUACUCCACCCACUCCAAGGAUGACUCUACCACUACCCACUCCAAGGAUGACUCUACCACUACCCACUCCAAGGAUGACUCUACCACUACUCACUCCAAGGAUGACUACUCCUCCACCCAAUCCAAGGAUGACUAUACCACUACCCACUCCAAGGAUGACUACUCCACCACUCCAGGAUGGAUGACCUCCUCCACCCAAUCCAAGGAUGACUAUACCACUACCCACUCCAAGGAUGACUAUACCACUACUCACUCCAAGGAUGACUACUCCACCCAAUCCAAGGAUGACUAUACCACUACCCACUCCAAGGAUGACUAUACCACUACUCACUCCAAGGAUGACUACUCCACCCAAUCCAAGGAUGACUCUACCGCUACCCACUCCAAGGAUGACUCUACCACUACCCACUCCAAGGAUGACUAUACCACUACUCACUCCAAGGAUGACUACUCCACCCAAUCCAAGGAUGACUCUACCACUACUCAUUCCAAGGAAGAGUCGUAUCUAAGCUCUUACCUCAAGGCCGACCUCGUGAAAACUGACUCCAAGGACAAGGACUCUGGAAACACGACUCAGGAUGACGACUCCUUGAACGACCACUGCAGGGACGACUCAUCUCCCACCAAGGACGAAUGUGUCACUAGGUUCUUCAGGGACGGUUUCGUAACUAUUGACCUCGGCCAUGGGUCUGCCAACACCCUCAUCAAGGACGACACUGCCACCACUGUAAACAAGAAGAACUCUGCCACCACUGUAAACAAUAAGAACUCUGCCACCACCGUAAACAAGAGGACCUCUGCCACCACCGCAUGUAAGACUAUUUCUGCCACCACCCUCUUCAAGAACCUAUCAGCCACCAACGUCUUCAAGGACGACACUGCCAACAUCAUCUGUAAGAGCGUCUCUACCACCACCGCAGACAACAAAACCCCUGCCACCAUCCAGCGAAGAGGUGUGGUGGUGUCAGCCAGCCAACAGGACAACAACUCGUCCGUGUGGAGGUCUGGGAUGUACGCGGGCGCCAGCAGUUCAUCCUCGUCAUCAUCAUCGUCAGCCGCCUCCUCUCCGUCAGCUUUAGCGGCUGACACCCUGUGGUCCAGCGGCGGCCAAGAACUGGAGAUAUUCCAUCCCUGUGGCAACACUGGCCGAAGUGUUGCGUGUUCCAGGACUGGCAACAUUGAUCCAAGCACACAGAGAACGGGUGUUGCAAGGGCCUGGGCUGGCUACACAGGGGUUAAAGGUGUUGCAGAAGAGAGUUAUUUGGCGGUGUGUGAGCUAGGAGGUGAUGAAGGUGGUGGUUCAGGCGGCGUUAAUAAAGUCCACCAGCACCGUCAUCCAUUUUCAGUUGCUAAUUCUUGGCGGCCACUGCGAGGGAGUAUUACGGAUGAUGGUGGUGAUAGUGAGGGAGAUGAUGGUGAUGGUGGUGGGUCUAGGAACAAUGAUCCUUCUCGUAAGUAUCGUGUGCUUGAGUCCUCCUCAGGUAGAGACAAUCCGAAUGGUGGACACAUCCUGGAGGAGGUCGAGGGAGAGCGAUGCCGUAACGUCUUGGGAACCUUCAACUUCCGUGAGCGUGAAGGGUCGCGUGGCUCUGUGGCCCUCAGCACUAGACCUCUGCUUGGUGAGGCUGGAGACGAGGACAACAGUGUGGGGGAGAAAACAGUGUUAGGACCCUUCAAUUUCCAGCAGCAUGAGAAGCCGUCCACUAACCUGGCGGUGAGGACUCAAGACCCUGCCAGCCCCUGUAACUCUCCUGGAAGCUGCCAUGGAGGAGCCUCAGUGCUCGCCACCUUCAACUUCCAGCAGCGUCAGAACACCACCAACCUGGCAGUCAAGAGCGGCAGACACGACCUCCCGGACAGCCUAAGAGCGUCUCCUGUAGGUGGACAUAGUGGAACCACUGUCCUGGGAACAUUCAACUUCGUGGGUCGUAACGACAGUCUUCAGGCGGCGGUCUUGAAGAAACAGAUGCCUCCUGAAGACGAGUUACCUUCACUGUCAGAUUCCAUCACCAGCCUGGAGGACGGUAAGCACCUGGUGGGCGUGUAUAACUUCACCCAACCUCGCCCGACACAACACAACGCCGCCACCAGCCAGUCUCUUGUUGCUGGGAGUCAGUCGCAAAUGGAGGGACACAGGCCACAGGGAAGAGGAAGUUAUGUACACAGUGAUGGGACGAGGAGAGACACACCCACGAGUAGGAGAGAGAGUGACUCAUGUGACGCUCAGACUAAUGUUACUAAGAGUGCUUCAGCGAGUAGUGUGGACGAGUGGUCACCCUCACCCAGCGUGUCUUGUGACGGUGAUCAUAAUAAUUACUCAUAUCAACCUCAACAACUCGUCCAAGUGACCGACAGUACCGGUGAACUUGUGUACAGUAGUGAUCGUUUUCAGUCCAUUGAGAUAGUGUGUUCAAAGACUCAUAUGGACAGUGACUCUAUGACUCUUGAAGAUUCUAGUCAGUGCCCGUCAGGACCCGAAUCACGUGAGUCUACAGGCGAGGACCUCCUGGAUGACCCCCGCCUUCAGGAGGACCCCGACACACAACAACACACAGGAGUUGAACGUGAACGAGUUGGUAAAAAAUAAGAGAGUUUGUCCCUCCUAAGUGGGUGUAUCGGACACAGAAAACGACACACAACUCACAACUUGGAAUGAUCAACAAACGAAAACUUUCUCACGUCACAGAAAACGGCGUAAAUUAAACGACUAUAACCACGGUAGUAACGAGGAUAUUUUGUUAUACUUAAGAGGUGUUAUAACGAAACGAAACUUGACUUACUGUAGAUAAAGUGAAAAGUUGACGAAAACACGAGAGUGAAAAUGGUCGUUGUGUAGGUGAUGUGAAGCUGAGCUGCAGACACCUUCCCCCUCCCUGGUCACUAAGAUCUCUGAAGUGGUCGGUCCUGUCAUGUUAGUUGUGAAUUUAUUGGUCCUGCUGCCAUGUUCAGGACAUUCAGAGGUGCUGUAGUGACCCGUCUUUAGGAGGUGAAGCAAGACCUCCACUCACUUCACGGUUGUGGGGAGAUGAAGUGAACGAAUCUGUGUCUUCUCGAGAGUAAACAGAAGUGAGCUGGAGGGAAGAAUCUCUUCCGGAUUUCAAAGAAAAGAGGGAUCUAUUUUUUCUGUGUCUGUGUCAGAAGCUGAGGGCCACGGCAGGUGGAGUGACGAGGUGCACCAUUAGUUGUGAGGUUUUUCUUGUUUUUUUUUGUUUCA